UGCAACUUCACUAGACUCCCUUUUCUGUAAUCAUUCGAAAAAAGAUGUGGAGAAUUUCAGCAAUUUUGUUUUCUAUUAUCAUAUUAUUCUUUAAUUUGGUUAAUGGUGAACAAGAUGUGCCAUGUUAUUUCAUUUUUGGCGAUUCAUUAUCAGAUGCUGGCAUCAAUAAUGGCCUCAUAACAAUGGCUAAAGCAAAUUAUACACCUUAUGGAGUUGACUUUCCAGAAAAAAUUCCAACGGGAAGGUUCACCAAUGGUCGCACCGCUGUAGAUUUUAUCUCUCAAUUCUUGGGAUUUCAAAGAUUCAUAACACCAUAUAGCAGUGAUAGCACGCAAAUGGACCAAGAUAUAUUAAGAGGCGUCAAUUACGCAUCUGGUUCUGCUGGAAUUCUCGUGGAAACUGGAUCACACUUGGGUGAUCGAGUUUGGAUGGAUCGACAAUUACAAUAUUACGGGAUGACAAUCUCAAAGCUUCAAUCCCUGAUUCAAGGCUCAGUUGAUAAGUACUUAAACAAGUGCUUGUACACUGUUAAUAUUGGUAGCAAUGACUACAUUAACAACUAUUUCAUGCCUGAACACUAUCCCACAAAGACACUCUUUACCCCUGGCCAAUAUGCUGAACUACUUAUUGGUCAAUAUAAAUCACAAUUACAGACACUAUAUAGUUCAGGUGCAAGGAAGGUAGCAGUAUUUGGAUUGGGUAAGAUAGGUUGUGUUCCGGCUGAAAUGGUAAUGAACAAUGCAACUGAAUGUGUAGAAGAAAUCAAUCAAGCGGUGGACCUUUUCAACACAAAGCUUGUAUCACUUGUGGAUUAUUUUAAUGCAAAGUUUGAUGGGGCCAAAUUUACGUUCAUCAAUGUCUCUGCCAUGCAGUCCUUAGAUCGUAUUCUUCCUGGCUUUAUUACACGUUCUACUUGCUGCAAAUUAAGAAGUGAUUUCCAGUGUGAGCCGCUGACGCCACCAUGUACCAAUAGAAACUUGCAUGCAUUCAUGGACGGAUUUCAUCCAACAGAAGUUGUAAAUAAACUAGUAGCAACAAUGGCAUUUUACACUCCAUUUCCAUUAUCACUUGUUCAUCCUAUGAGUAUCAGUAAAUUAAUUAGAAGUUAGCACUAAGCUAGAUUCAGACAUGUUUUACUUGUUUAAAACUUGUAAUUCCACAUUCGAAAAAUAUUAAUAGUGAAAUACACAAGUA